UUUAUUUAUUUUAAUUACUUUACUUUAAAGAAAUUAUAUGUAUAUAUUAAAAUAUAGACAUAAAAUUAGACAUUUGUUUCACUAAAUGCAGAUCCCAACCAUUAUAUAAACCCAAGACGCACCCAUUUGAACCCAGACGGUCACACCACCAUCACCAAAAAAGAGAAAUGGAGUUAGCCAGAAUGGGGUUGGACCCAAUAUUCCUGAAUGCCCUCCAUGACCUUCUGGACUUCACCGAUGAGCCAGGGCAGAGCACCCACCACGGGCCGUCACGCGCCUACGUGAGGGACGCAAAGGCGAUGGCGGCGACACCAGCCGAUGUGGUAGAAUAUCCAAACGCCUACCAAUUCUCCAUCGACAUGCCUGGCCUCAAAAUGGACCAAAUCAAGGUCCAAAUCGAGGACAACCAGUUGGUUGUGACCGGCGAAAGGAAGAGAGAAAGUGAAAAGGCUAAGGAAGGGAAAUACGUGACAAUGGAGAGGAGGCUGGGCAAAUACUUGAAGAAAUUUGUGCUGCCGGAGGCCGCCGACGUUGACAAAGUAUCGGCGGCGUACCAGGACGGAGUGCUGUCGGUCACGGUGGAGAAGAAGCCGCCGCCAGAGCCCAAAAAGGCCAAGACUAUUGAGGUUCGUGUGGGACAAGAUUGAUCGUAUGAGUGAGCCUUGUUUUGUUUUGGUUUGUAAUAUAUUGCAACUUUUGUAUGGUGUUUUGUUUGGUUUGUUUUGGCCGAUUGUUCAUAAUGUAAUAAUGUUUACAAUAAAUUUAGACUAUGAACCCUCA